UGGAGUCUGUGAUGGGUUCCCUAUCUAUGAUACUGGAGUCUGUGAGGGGUUCCCCAGCUAUGAUAUUGGGGUCUGUGAGGGGUCCCUCUGAACCCCACUAUCAGACUAGCCAGGAUACUGAGGUGACCGGACCCUUAAAAGUAAAUUUUCCCGCCUUCCCCUCCUGACUGGACAUCGUGUACACUGUAUCGCCCUUCCCGUCGGCUCAGCCCCGCAUCGGCCAUACUGCCACUUCGUCCCCACAAAACUUCUGCUCCCUUCUUCCUCAACUCUUUCUCCCCCGAGUGCCCCGCCAUCCAUGGUCAAUAAUGAACAACGGCAGCACGCAGAACACAUAUUCCUCUCCUUUAGAAAAUCAAAGUCCCCUUUCGCUGUAUGCAAACACAUAUUAGAAACUAGUAAAGUGGACUACGUACUUUUUCAAGCUGCCACCGCCAUCAUGGAAGCUGUCGUAAGAGAAUGGAUCCUUCUGGAAAAAAGUAGCAUAGAAUCACUCCGAACAUUCCUUUUAACUUAUGUCUUACAAAGGCCAAAUCUUCAGAAAUACGUACGAGAACAGAUCUUGCUGGCUGUAGCAGUCAUAGUAAAGAGAGGCUCUGUAGACAAAUCAAUCGACUGCAAGAGUAUUUUCCAUGAAGUCAACCAACUGAUAAGCAGCGGGAACCCUACAGUACAAACGUUGGCUUGUUCCAUAUUAACAGCACUUCUAAUAGAAUUCUCAAGUUCAAGCAAAACCAGCAACAUCGGACUCAGCAUGGAAUUUCAUGGGAACUGCAAAAGAAUAUUUCAGGAAGAAGAUUUACGGCGAAUCUUCAUGUUAACAAUAGAAGUUCUACAGGAGUUCAGCAGACGGGAAAAUCUUAAUGCUCAGAUGUCUUCAGUAUUCCAGCGCUAUCUUGCACUAGCCAAUCAAGUUUUAAGCUGGAACUUUCUGCCUCCAAACUUGGGCAGACAUUAUAUAGCCAUGUUUGAGUCCUCCCAAAAUGUGAUGUUAAAGCCGACAGAGUCCUGGCGUGAAACCCUCCUGGACAGCAGAGUUAUGGAGCUUUUCUUCACAGUUCAUUGUAAAAUCAGGGAAGACUCCGACAUGGCCCAAGACUCUCUUAUGUGCUUAGCACAGCUGGCGUCUCUCCAUGGACCCAUCUUUCCUGAUGAGAGGUCGCAAGUAGACUACUUGGCACAUUUCAUUGAAGGAUUACUGAAUACAAUUAAUGGGAUAGAAAUAGAAGAUUCGGAAGCAGUGGGGAUUUCCAAUAUAAUCAGUAACUUAAUAACAGUUUUUCCGCGCAAUAUUCUGACUGCCAUUCCUAAUGAUCUGUUCUCGUCAUUCGUGAACUGCCUCACACACCUCACAUGUUCCUUUGGAAGAAGUGCAGCCCUGGAGGAAGUACUUGACAAAGAUGACAUGGUAUACAUGGAAGCUUAUGAUAAGCUACUUGAAUCCUGGCUCACAUUGGUGCAAGAUGAUAAACAUUUCCAUAAAGGCUUCUUUACCCAGCAUGCCGUCCAGGUGUUCAACUCCUACAUCCAGUGCCAUCUAGCUGCUCCAGAUGGCACACGGAAUUUGACUGCUAAUGGUGUUGCCUCCCGGGAGGAGGAGGAAAUAAAUGAAAUUCAGGAAGAUGACCGUGACUUAUUUUCUGAUCAGCUGGCCAGCGUGGGGAUGCUGGGGAGAAUUGCAGCGGACCACUGCAUACCUCUGCUGACAAGCUUGUUAGAGGAUCGAGUGACAAGACUUCAUGGGCAGCUACAAAGGCACCAGCAGCAGUUACUGGCCUCACCGGGGCCAGGAUCAAUAGAUGAUAAUAAAGUGCUGGAUGACCUGUAUGAGGACAUUCACUGGCUCAUUUUAGUUACAGGCUACCUCUUGGCUGACGAUGCUCAGGGUGAGACUCCAUUAAUACCUCCAGAAAUAAUGGAAUAUUCAAUUAAACAGUCAACUGAGGUGGACAUCAAUACUACACUGCAGAUCCUAGGAUCCCCGGGGGAGAAAGCGUCCUCUAUACCCGGGUGUAACAGGACAGAUUCAGUUAUCAGGUUACUCUCUGCAGUUCUUCGAGCUUCAGAAGUAGAAUCUCGUGCCACAAGGGCGGAUUUAACCCAUCUUCUCAGCCCCCAAAUGGGGAAAGACAUUGUCUGGUUUCUGAAACGGUGGGCCAAGACUUAUCUCCUUGUGGAUGAGAAAUUAUAUGACCAGAUCAGUUUGCCAUUAAAUACAGCAUUUGGUGCAGACACAGAAGGAUCCCAAUGGAUCAUCGGUUAUCUUCUAGAAAAAGUGAUCAGCAAUCUGUCAGUGUGGAGCUCUGAACAGGAGUUGGCGAAUGACACUGUACAACUAUUAGUAGCCCUGGUAGAAAGGAGAGAGAGGGCCAAUUUAGUAAUACAGUGUGAAAACUGGUGGAAUCUUGCCAAACAAUUUGCACGGAGGAGUCCUCCCUUAAACUACCUGUCCAGCUCUGUACAGAGGACGCUCAUGAAGGCUCUGGUACUAGGAGGAUUUGCUCACAUGGAUUCCGAGACGAAACAGCAAUACUGGACUGAGGUUUUGCAGCCUUUACAACAGAGAUUUUUGAAUGUGAUAAAUCAAGAAAACUUCCAGCAAAUUUGCCAAGAGGAGGAGGUGAAGCAGGAGAUCACAGCCACACUAGAAGCCCUCUGCGGAAUCGCAGAAGCCACGCAGAUAGACAAUGUGGCCAUCCUCUUCAAUUUCCUUAUGGACUUUUUAACGAAUUGCAUUGGGUUAAUGGAGGUCUAUAAAAACACCCCAGAGACUGUGAACCUUAUUAUAGAAGUUUUUGUAGAAGUUGCACAUAAACAGAUUUGUUACCUUGGAGAGUCUAAAGCCAUGAAUCUGUAUGAAGCUUGUCUGACCCUGCUCCAAGUAUAUUCCAAAAACAAUCUGGGAAGAAAACGUAUAGAUGUAACCGCAGAGGAGGAUCAGUAUCAGGACCUCCUGCUUAUCAUGGAACUGCUCACUAAUCUGCUAUCGAAGGAGUUCAUUGACUUCAGUGACACAGAUGAAGUUUUUCGGCCCCAUGAGCAAGGACAAGCGACAAACAGGCCGGUGUCUGCAGCCGAUGUAGUUUUAUAUGGUGUCAAUAUUGUGCUGCCAUUAAUGUCACAAGACUUGCUGAAGUUCCCAUCACUUUGUAAUCAAUACUACAAGCUCAUCACGUUUAUAUGUGAAAUUUUCCCGGAGAAAAUUCCGCAGCUUCCGGAAGAUCUGUUCAAGAGCCUCAUGUACUCUCUUGAGCUAGGGAUGACUUCAAUGAGCUCGGAGGUUUCCCAGCUCUGUCUGGAAGCAUUAACCCCAUUGGCAGAGCAGUGUGCGAAAGCACAGGACACAGACUCCCCUCUGCUUGCAGCAACAAGGCACUUUCUAAAGCUGGUCUUUGACAUGCUUGUACUACAAAAACACAACGCAGAAAUGACGACGGCUGCAGGUGAAGCAUUUUACACAUUAGUCUGCUUAAACCAGGCAGAGUAUGCAGAGUUGGUGGAAACACUAUUAUCCAGUCAGCAAGAUCCUCUCAUUUACCAGCGUCUAGCAGAUGCCUUCAACAAACUGACGGCAAGCAGCACGCCUCCCACCCUGGACCGGAAACAGAAGAUGUCCUUCCUGAAGAGUCUGGAAGAAUUCAUGGCCAAUGUUGGAGGUCUCCUCUGUGUUAAAUGAGAGGCCAAACUUUUUUGUAAGACCCUCUCUGCAAAAUGCACUGAACCUGCUGAUGGCUGUCUAACCCCCCCACAACCUGCUCCCAGGCUUACACUUGCAUCUCUGGGCGGUUUUAAAGAACAUUUAUUUAAGUUAAAAGAAAAGGGGUCAGUAAGAUGCAUCAGCUGUAUGACUAUUCACAAAGCACAGAGCUGUGCUUGAACGGAUGAAUGGGUAAAGGUAUUUUUUUAAGAUAUUCCAUAUGCCUGAAAACAGAUAAUGGGCACGCCUGUUCUUUGCGGUGCCUUUCCCCUCUCAUCACACUUUGGUCGAAAGAGUGACAUGCCUAUCGAAUUAGAUGGUUUUUUUUUUGUUCUUUUUUUAUUCUAUAGAAUAUUAUUUUUUUCUAUUUUGUUAAAGAAUGUUAGAGCGAAUGUGCAAUAGACACACAUUGUAGCGAUGUCUAUCCACAGCUCAUCUGUACAUUCUCCUUCUUCACCCUCAUCCUUGCUUCUGAUUAAAUCAGUACACCAAAUGAUUUUUUUUAUUUACAUUUUUUUUUUUAAGCAACACACACAAAAUAUAUUGAAACUUUGUGGGAUUAUUUUUGUUCACAUGAACCAAGCGUUGCAUGUUUUUAUGUUUUGAUUAUAUUUUUUUGUAUUUGCCCUACACAAUUAUUGGCUUAAAAAAAAAAAAAAAGGGGGAAAAAAAAGAAUAUGUAUAUGAAUAUUUUUUUCUAACAGAAUUUAAUUUGUCACCAUUUCAUUGCCUUAUGAAAAAUGCAAACAAAAAUAUAUGAUGUGUAUAUUUAAUAUGUAUAUGGGUUUUCUAAACCCCCCAAAUAAUAGAUUUUAGCAGUCCUUAAGCACCUCUGUAGGGCGAGCAGCCCUCAGCCCAAACCAUUUUCUGGGGUCAUCUGGAUGAAAGCUUCAUGUGUGUGUAUGUGGGAAUGAUUUGCACACCCUGGCUCUGUUUGUUAUUGUUCCCCCUCCUCCCUUCUUUUUAUAUAAUUUUUAUCCCCCCCCCCCCCCCCCCCCCCCCAAUCGGACUGUUAGUUUCAGCAAUACAGAUGAAAAAGGUGUAAGCUGACCGUUUCUACACGCUUUAAGUUGGGGCAUUAGGUAUGCAAAUUUAUGCUGUUUUGGUCAAAUGUUUCCAGUGUGUGUCUUUUUUUGUUUCUUUUCUUUUUUUAAAUUUGUAUAAAAU